GCCACCUGAGUGAGCACUGGCCUGGCCUGCUGCCGCCUGUGCCAUGGCUCCUGGGAGUGUCUCUAGUGUUUCUUCCUCUUCCUCCUCUUUUCCCUCCAGGAACACAUCCCCUUCUGGAUCAUGUGGGCUCCCUGGGGCUGACAAGCCAGGUCCAAGUUGCCGCAGAAUCCAAGCAGGCCAACGGAACCCAACAAUGCUACGCAUGGUGUUAGAGGCUUUAAAGGCCAGGGAGGCACGCCAGGGCACAUCAGUUGUAGCCAUCAAGGUCUAUAUCCAACACAAGUACCCGACAGUGGACACCAGCCGUUUCAAGUACCUGUUGAAACAAGCUCUGGAAACUGGCGUUCGUCGAGGCCUCCUCACCAGGCCUGCUCACUCCAAGGCCAAGGGUGCCACUGGCAGCUUCAAACUAGUUCCAAAGCCCAAGACAAAGAAAGCCUGUGCCCCAGAAGCCAGCAGGGGAGCUGCAGGUGCCAAGGAGACAGGCUCCAAGAAAUCUGGAUUGCUGAAGAAAGACCAAGUUGGCAAAGCCACAAUGGAGAAAGGGCAAAAAAGGAGGGCUUACCCUUGCAAGGCAGCCACACUGGAGAUGGCACCUAAGAAAGCCAAGGCGAAACCAAAAGAGGUCAGAAAGGCUCCCCUAAAACAAGACAAAGCAGCAGGGGCCCCUCUGACUGCCAAUGGAGGCCAGAAGGUCAAACACAGUGGGAGCAGGCAAGAAGCAGAUGCCCAUGGGAAAGCCAAAGAUGAGAAAUCGAAGCCCUUGGCCAGCAAGGUAGGUCCAGAAUAGUGUUGCUUCCCUUGCCAAAAGGAAGAUGGCAGACAUGGCCCACACUGCAGCAGUUGUUCAGGGGGCUGAGACAGUACAGGAGACCAAAGUGCCCACUCCUUCCCAGGACAUAGGACACAAAGUACAACCCAUACCUAGGGUCAGGAAGGCAAAGACCCCUGAGAACACUCAGGCCUGAGUUACCCCCCAAGACCUCCUCCAAGGCUCCCAGCAAGAAGGCCGAGGCCAGUAGCGAGGGCCAGGGUUGGGGAGACGGCGAUUCUGAGCUUUUAUUGUCUAAUAAACUGUCACAAUGUUUAAUCAUAAUUUAUCAAUAAAGACUGUAUUCACACACUGGUA